CAAAGUUGAACUUAUUCUCAUGCUGCAGCUGCCAAAUUUAACAGAUCCUGCUUGCUGUGAGUUCCCUCCUACAAGCCGUGAGUUUACACCAAUCCCAUAUUUGUUUAUUAUUGCGAAAGAAGUCGUAAAAGAGAAAUAUUAUACAUCACAAAAAUUAUUGCUUGUUGAUAAUUCCGAGGAAAAUCCAAGAAAACAAGACGUGACUAUAAUGUGUUUAACGGAAUGGAAAGAUCAACCACUGCCCCCAGUUGGAUCGAUGGUGACGUUUUGGAAAGCAGCUAAAGAUAUCGCGAGAGUCAAUAGAUCCACUAUUACAGUGUGCCAUGACGGAAUAACUGGAUGUGACCUUUAUCUAGCAUUGAGUUUCUUGUUGGAACGAAUGCUUGUCGAAAAAGAAUGCGAUGUUUAUUUAGCGGUGCAAUCUGUCAGACGGUCAAGACGAGAUUAUGUUCCUUCUCUGGAACAUCUGAAAUAUUUAUACGAUGCCGCAGUGACAUAUACGGAGUUUUUCAAAGGCUAAGCGAAUUUUUUGUAAAGCAAGAAUAAUCAAGCUAUAUUAUCGUAUAUACUAUAUACAUACAGCAAUAAAUGCUUCUACAUACCAUCAUGCACAAAUCAUGUAAAUAUCCAUAAUGAAAUCUCUCGCACUACGAAGAGGGUGAAACAAAGAUUGUCGAAGACUUUCUUCAAUAACUACAAAGAUGUAAUCGUACUACCGCGACAUCGAAGAUCGUAGUAAAGAAUCUGUCUGAGAAAAAAGUCCACCAUAAAAAAAAAAUAACAAUGUUUUAGCUAUAUUUGAAUUAUGUUUUAAGGUUUAACAUUCUUUUUAUUUAAAUAAUCAUAAUCAGUAAUUGAUAUCAUCUAUACUGAUUGUAUAAUUUACUGAAAUUAAGGAAAAGUAAUUACAUUUCUUAAUAUACUGUUAAA